CAUCUCUCUCACCCCUCACAACACACAGAAUUACUCAAUUUUUUUUUCUUCUUCUUCUUUCUUCUCACGCUGUCGUGGCAUGGUUCCCGCCAUUGUUGGCUCACAGUAGAAACCCUAAUUCUCUCUCGUUCCAGGGAGAAGUGUUACUCUAAAUCUCGACGAAAGCGGUUUUUUUUCUUUUCUUUUUCCCUCAAAGGUUAGAAUUUAUGUCCCACAAUCAAUCAAGGGCUGAAAGGAGCGAGUCUACCCAGUACAAGAAAACCGGCCGAUCCGGUAGCUUCAAUCAGCGCCAGUUUUCCGGCAGCGUCCCCACUAAGGGCGGUGGCGGCGCCUCCUCGGCCGCGACCAAUCCUUCUAGCCGCAGUUUCAAGAAGAAUAACAACAAUGCACCAGUGGGGCAGCCAGGUGCAAGAAGCACUGUUGUAGAUUCUAGUAAUUCACCUGCACCUCAUGCUGUACAGAAUGGUGCUCAUCAACAGCAGCCGCCAACUUAUAGAGUAUCGGGAACACCAACCAUCAGUACCUCUUCUGGUGUCAAGCCGACUGAUACCUCAACCCAUAGUAUCAGCCGAGCUGUUCCGAGAGCUCCAUCAUCUAAUGUUUCAUCUGCACCUGCACCAUCUAAUAUUUCCACUACUAGCUCUGAGCCUAAGCCCCCCACAACACCCGGUAAAGCUCCAGGAGAUGCAUCUAAGCCAGUUCCCCUGCAGUUUGGGUCCAUAAGUCCUGGUUUUAUGAAUGGAGUGCAGAUACCUGCUCGAACAAGUUCUGCACCACCAAAUUUGGAUGAACAGAAAAAAGAUCAGGCGCGCCAUGAAUCUUUGAGAGCUGCUGUUGCAAAGCCAGUUCCAUCAAUUCCUAAUCAGCAAUUCCCGAAAAAGGAUGCGGGGAUUCUAGACCAACCUAAAGCUGGUGAAACUCAGCUAGUUUCCAAACCCAAGAGGGAUGCCCAAAUUUCAUCUGCCACUCAUCAUCAGAGUCCUUCUCGACAUCCAAUCCCGGGUAUGCCCAUGCAACUUCCAUACCACCAGCCACAGGUUCCUGUUCAAUUUGGUGGUCAGAAUCUUCAAAUCCAGCCCCAAGCCAUGCCUGGACCGCCAAUGCAGAUGCAAAUGCCAAUGUCUUUACCUAUAGGAAAUCUACCGGUGCAGCAUCCAAUGUAUGUUCCAGGUCUCCAGCCACACCACAUGCAGCCUCAAGGAAUGAUGCAUCAGGGUCAGAGUUUGACCUUUCCACCCCAAAUGGGUGCUCCGCAUCCUUCUCAGUUGGGUAGCAUGGGAAUGAGUUUACCUCCACAGUUUCAACAGCAACCGGCUGUAAAAUACGGUGGUACUCGUAAAACUGUGAAGAUUACUCAUCCUGACACUCAUGAAGAGUUGAGGCUUGAGAGCUCACCUGCCCCAAGGUUACACCCUAAUAUCUCGAUGCAAUUUUAUCCGGGUUCUUACAAUCCCGCUUCCGGCUAUCUCCCUGCUGGCAGCUCUGUUCAUCUUAAUAGUACUCAGGUUCAGCCCACUUCUCAGCCACCAAGGGUUAACCAGGUGACAGUUAAACCACCUGUUGGCUCUCGUGGGGAGAAAGAGCUAUUGCCACCCACAGGUUCACUUUCUGUUGGAAAGGCAGAGUUGUCGAAACCGUCAAGGUCAGGGGAAGGUUCUGUUAUUCCUCUGAAGGAAAUUGAGCCUUCAUCAUUGAGCACUUCGCCAAAGCCAAAGCCUGGUUUAGGAACAUCUUAUGCAACUGUUGCCUCAUCAAGUCCUGUUGUUGUGGACAGAGUUGUGUCCCGCACUUCAGUUUCUGCUUCAGAUCCCAUGGACGGUUCUGCAUCAGCAUCAACUACCGCUGCUGAAGAAGCAAGAAGUGCAGUAGUAAAGUCUGAUUCCAUCAAAGAUGAGCAUAAAAAAUCAGGCAAUGACCAGCAGGACCAGGUCGGAAUGCCACAAACGUCAUUAUCAAGUUUGCCUUCUCAAAUCCCUGAACCUGAAGCUGUGGAAGUAAAAUCUAUCUCAUCAAGAAAUAAUUUGGUUUCUGAAAAUGUUGAGGGACCAUCAUCAACAACUGCAGCUGCUUUUUCUGAGGCUUCUAAUUCUACAAGUGAGGGUGCUGGGGAAGGAAGGACGGCUGAGAAUUUAAAGAGUGUUGGAAUGGAAGUUGUAAAUUGCAGACAAUCAAAGCCUGACACAAUUGGAAGUCUGGAAACUUCUUUGAAGUCUCUUUCCUUAGAAUCACCAAAAGUCACGGGCAAAAUGGUGGAGAGCUCUGAUCACGAGCUAACAUCCACUACUGGUGUUUUAUCUGAACAUACUCCAGAUGAGUUAGAAGAAUCUUUAGGUUGCUGUUCCAAUGAUGCUAAGAUGGAUGGCAAUUUAGCUGUGCCUACUCUGACAUCAGGUGGUCAAAGUACUAAGAGUUCUGAUGCAUCAUUAAGUGUGCCUGAUAGUCUGGAAACUUCUUUGAGGUCUGUUUCUGUAGAAACAACUGUUGCAAAGUAUGACCAGGUGGACCAGAAGUCUGCCCCUGUUUUAGUUUCAUAUCCUUCUGAAGAUGUAUUGCCAUCUACUGUCAACGGUAAAGCCGUCUCAGAUGUAAACGUGGGAAAAACUGUUGCACAAAGAGGUAAGAAGAAAAAAAAAGAACUAUUUAAAAAGGCAGAAGCAGCUGGUGCAAGUUCUGAUCUUUAUAUGGCAUAUAAGGGCCCUGAGGAAAACAAAGAAACUGUAAUGUCUUCUCAGGGCUCGGAUAACUCUUCAAGCGUUAGUGAGAAGGAAAAAGCCAUGCCAUGUGAGAAACCUGCUCAGAUUAAAGUGGAGCCUGAUGACUGGGAAGAUGCCGCUGAAAUUUCUACUCCGCAGUUAGAAACUUCAAAAAAUGAAAUUCAGGAUAAAGAUGGAGAUGGCUAUGAAUUAACAAUCAAAAGGUACUCUCGGGAUUUCCUUCUCAAAUUUUUGGAGCUAUGCACCAAUCUUCCGGAGGAAUUUGAAAUUGCUUCAGACAUAGCAGAUGCGCUGAUGGUAUCUAGUGUUAAUGUUCCACGCGAGUCAUAUCCUAGCCCUGGACGUAAUACUGACAGGCCGGUGGGAGGUUCUAGACCAGAUCGUCGUGCAAGUGGCUUGGUAGAUGAGGACAAAUGGAAUAAAUUUCCUGCGCAUAUUAUGUCAGGGCGAGGAGAUAUGAGGACAGAUGUUAACUACAUGCAUAAUAUUGUUGGAGUUCGACAUGUCCAAGGAGUAAAUCAUGCUGUUCUAAGGAAUCCUCGCCCUCAGCCAUCCGUCUAUUAUGUUGGGCCUAUCCUCACUGGGCCAAUGCAGCUUGGUCCUCAGGGUGGGCAAUUGCAAAGAAAUAAUUCUGAGUCUGAUAGGUGGCUGCGAGGAACUGGUUUUCAGAAGGGUUUGAUGCCUAAUUAUCAGACGCCUAUGCAGGUGAUACACAAAGCUGAAAAGAAAUAUGAAAUUGGUAAGGUUACUGAUGAAGAACAAGCGAAGCAGAGGCAGUUGAAGGGCAUCUUGAACAAGCUUACGCCUCAAAAUUUUGAAAAAUUGUUUGAACAAGUUAAGCAAGUGAACAUCGACAAUGUAAUUACCUUGUCGGGGGUGAUUUCGCAGAUUUUUGAUAAAGCUCUCAUGGAGCCGACCUUUUGUGAGAUGUACGCCAACUUCUGCUUUCACCUUGCUGCAGAUUUGCCUGACCUAAGUGUGGACAAUGAAAAAAUUACUUUCAAGAGAUUACUCCUGAAUAAAUGUCAGGAAGAAUUUGAAAGGGGAGAAAGAGAGGAAGAAGAGGCAAAUAAAGCUGAGGAAGAAGGGGAGGUUAAGCAGACAGCGGAAGAGAGAGAGGAAAAGAGACUCCAAGUCCGAAGACGCAUGUUAGGUAAUAUUAGACUCAUUGGAGAACUGUACAAGAAGAGAAUGCUGACUGAGAGAAUAAUGCACGAGUGCAUAAAUAAGUUGUUGGGUCAGUAUCACAAUCCUGAUGAGGAGAAUAUUGAAGCCCUGUGCAAAUUGAUGAGCACAAUUGGGGAGAUGAUAGAUCACCCAAAAGCAAAGGAGUUCAUGGAUGCCUAUUUUGAUAUCAUGGCACAGUUAUCCAAUAAUAUGAAACUUUCAUCCAGGGUCAGGUUCAUGCUGAAAGAUUCUAUUGAUCUGAGAAAGAACAAGUGGCAGCAGAGGAGGAAAGUUGAAGGUCCGAAAAAGAUUGAUGAGGUACACAGAGAUGCUGCUCAAGAGCGGCAUGCACAGGCUAGUAGGCUUGCUCGUGUUCCCAGCAUGGGUAAUUCUGCUAGAAGGGGUCAACCUAUGGAUUUUGCUUCUAGAUCUUCAAAUAUGUUAUCUCCGCCAAGUCCCCAGAUUGGUGGUUUCCGUGGUGUUCCCCCGCAGUCACGUGGUUAUGGUUCUCAGGACGCUCGGACAGAUGAGAGACAUUCCUCUGAGAACAGGACCAUGUCCGUUCCCAUGCCUCAAAGACCUCCUGGUGAUGAAACCAUAACUCUUGGGCCUCAAGGUGGUCUUGCAAGGGGAAUGGCUUUCAGAGGUUAUCCAUCAGCACCUAGCAGCAUUCCUUUCGUUGAGAUGCCGAGUUCUGGUGAUGCACGGAGGGUGGGACUCGGCCAGAACAGCUUCAGUUCCAUGUCAGAACGAGCAGCUUAUGGGCCAGAAGUAAUUGUUGCUGCUCCAAUUUACGACCAAUCUCAUCCUCAGGAGCGAAAUGAUACCUAUGUGAAUAGAGAAGUUAGAAAUAUGGAUCACAGUUCCGAUCGAGCUGUGCCUGUUUCUUCACAUGCUAGAGGUGGCCCACCUACUAGUACACAAAACGCGUCUUCAGAUAAGGUGUGGACAGAUGAGCUGCAGGCGAAGUCAUUGGCUACAAUCAAAGAAUUCUACAGUGCAAGAGAUGAGCACGAAGUUGCUUUGUGCAUGAAGGAAUUUGACACGCCCAGCUUUUAUCCAUCCAUGAUCUCUGCCUGGGUUAAUGAUUCUUUCGAGAGAAAAGACAUGGAGAGAGAUCUUUUGACAAAGCUUCUUAUCAAUCUAACAAAACCUGGACAAGGGAUGAUUACUGAAUCUCAACUCAUCAAAGGGUUUGGAUCUGUUCUUGCUGGUUUGGAAGAUAUGGUGAAUGAUGCACCUAAAGCAGCAGAGUUCCUCGGUCGUAUUUUUGCCAAAGUCAUAUUGGAGAAGAUCGUUUCCCUUUCUGAAAUUGGGCAGUUAAUAUACGAAGGUGGAGAAGAACAAGGGCAGCUUGUGCAAAUAGGUCUUGCGGGUGAUGUACUUGGUAGCGUAUUGGAUAUAAUCCAAUCGGAAAAAGGGGAGUCUGUACUGAACGAGAUUCGAUCGAGCUCUAAUCUGCGACUAGAGGAUUUUAGGCCUCCUCCUGGCUCUAAAAAAUCACCGAAAAUAGACAAGUUCAUUUAGAGAGAUGGCGGGUGGUUGGUUGGUUGUAUCUGGUAGAGAAAUAUAUUCCUUGUUCUGUUAGAGGUCGGUCACGGUUCUUACAGCUGCAGGUUUAUAUAUUUAAAUUUUUGGUUAAUGGUGGAUUUACGUAGAUGUUUUCGUAUAUUAUUUUGCCAAGAGAUUGAUUUCUUUCAAUUUAUUGAAGGUUCAGUUAGU